AUGAGUGUAAAGCCACCUUCCCUCUUCUGGGCAUUGCUAGCACUUGGCCAGUUCCUACACAUCUCCCGACAGGUGGUUUCCGUGUCAAUCACAACACCUCUACCUGAUCUAGACAAGGUAUCUGAAAUUGAGCUUCAGGCGGGGCUUACCUCGGGGCAGUUCACGAGUGUCGACCUGAUCAAGGCGUAUUUCUCCCGCAUCGAAGAGGCCAUUCUACAGGUGCCGAUGCUCCGCGCUGUGACAAAUCUGUCUGCGCUCCAGGAGGCUGCUAUUCUGGAUUAUGAGCAGCUCACCUACGUGCCACGCAGUGCGCUCCAUGGGAUCCCUGUUCUUGUGAAGGAUAAUGUUGCGACUGUGGCAUUUGAAGGUGUGGCGAAGCGAUUACGCGAGGCGGGAGCUAUUAUCCUUGGUAUGUUUCCUGAAGGCGCAGCAUAA